AUGGACGAUACACUUGCUCCGAUCAAGAUCUCCAGCCCUUCGGGGGACCGCCAACAUACAUUGUCCUCGUAUACUCAAGUUAUGUACGAGCACACACAGAGACAGAUGGAAGAGCUUCGGGCUUCGGAGUCACCACCAGCACCUGGUGAACCAAAAAAGGCAGAACAUCACGAUCGCAUGAAACGUCACAAUCACCAGGAGAACGGUUUGCCGCCAUCCAUAAAGAAGCACGAUUACGCUCUGGAUAAUGCAAAGACCAGCCACCCGGAGAGACGGUCCGGUGGUUGA